CGAUUGGUUCAACGUCCCCACGUGACGCGUCAUCGGCCAAUCAGCGGGCGCGUUGCGCGUUGCUAUGAUGGUGGCAAUGGCAGCUUCACGUUGCUGCCGCUGUUGUUGGGGGCGAUAACGAAACGUCGCAAUGGCGGGGAGAGUGAAGUGGGCCACGGAUGUGGAGAAGUCGGUGUUGGUGAACAACUUCGAGAAGCGCGGCUGGGUCCAGGUGGCUCCUGACGAGGCGUGGAACGUUUACUGGGCGAGCGUGCAAAGCACGCGCGGAAUCUUCAGCCUGGAGACGGGAUUCCGCCUGGCCGACGACCAGCUGGUCAACCACUACCCCAACCACUACGAGCUCACGCGCAAGGACCUCAUGGUGAAGAACAUCAAGCGCUACCGCCGGGACCUGGAGCGCGACGGCAGCGUUGUCGCCGAGCGCGACGACACGGGCCGAUACCUGCACCUCGAUUUUGUUCCGGUGACGUUCCUGCUGCCGGCCGACUACAACCUGUUUGUGGAGGAGUUCCGCAAGAACCCGUCCAGCACGUGGAUCAUGAAGCCGUGCGGCAAGGCGCAGGGCAAGGGCAUCUUCCUCAUCAACAAGCUGUCGCAGAUCAAGAAGUGGUCACGCGACUGCAAGACCAACUCGUUCGUGGCUCCGUCGGCGAAGGAGGCGUACGUCAUCUCCCUGUACAUCGACAACCCACUCCUCAUCGGGGAGAAGAAGUUUGACCUGAGGCUCUAUGUGCUCGUCACCUCCUACCGCCCGCUCAAGUGCUACAUGUACCGGCUCGGCUUCUGCCGAUUCUGCACGGUCAAGUACUCCCCCAGCACCAACGAGCUGGACAACAUGUUCGUCCACCUCACCAACGUGUCCAUCCAGAAGCACGGGGACGACUACAACGUGAUCCACGGGGGCAAGUGGACCGUGAGCAACCUGCGCUUGUUCCUGGAGAGCACGCGGGGUCGCGAGGUCACCAACAAGCUCUUUGACGACAUGCACUGGAUCGUGCUGCACUCGCUCCGCGCCGUCGCGGGAGUUAUGGCAAAUGACAAGCACUGCUUCGAGUGCUACGGCUACGACAUCAUCAUCGAUGACAAACUCAAGCCCUGGCUCAUCGAGGUGAACGCAUCUCCCUCGCUCUCCUCCACCACGGCCAACGACCGCAUCAUGAAGUACAACCUCAUCAACGACACGCUCAACAUCGUCAUGCCGGGCGCAGACAUGCCCGACCCGCGCUGGAACAAGGUGCCGGCUCGAGAGGCCCUCGGAAACUACGACCUCCUCUACGACGAGGAGUUGGCCGCGCAGAGCGAGGCGGCGACGACGUUGGAACGCGACCCCAGGGGCCGCACGGGAUCGCACGUCUUGGCCAAGGCCCCCGCACGACUGCGAGACUCGGGGAGGCCCCUGCCGACCACGUGGAAGUGAGGACACCCUCACGCAAACGUGGAUGCAGUGGCGGCUCCAAGUUCGGGAACAGAGCUGGUGGGAACGGAGCUGGUGGGACAGCUCCGCGAAUUAAAAAAGACCUAAUCGGUACCCGCCUGAUCGUUAUCAAAAAUUUAAACCGUAUUCUCACUCAACUCCCAUUUAUCCAUUGGGUGUCACUGUGGAGCACCAAGCCUCGCACAUUGGCGAGAGCCCGGGACAAGCCAUCGCGUCAAAUAGAUUGACAAUUGUCAUAGCACUUAGCAUAUGUUAUAAAGGGGCCCUAAAUAAAAAACACAUUGUUUACUUGCACAUUAAAUUGUAUUUUUAAUUUGCUAUACAGCCAAAUAAUACAACAAAUCGCUAAGCUUAAACGCCCAGUCGUUCAUCAAAGUUGAAGGCGGUAUAGUACUAUAGUAAUAGAGGAAGUGCAGAAUCACCGAGCUGGAAUUGAUAGCUUGAAAGCAUUUAGUGCAGGGGCCCUUAGCUACAUUUGUAGCUGAUUGUGCGGCUGGGAUAAUCCGGUGGUUGCGGUUGUUGCCGUGUAGUUCUCCGCCAUUUUGUGGAUCGUGCCACGCCUGUUUGGCACGAUGCCCGACGUUUCGCUGCACGUGUUGGCAGCUUCUGCAGGAACUUUAUUCCUUCACCUCCAUGCGUAUCGAGCGCUAAAAUGUGUCGCCUACUUUGUAUGUGGUCCAGUACUCGGGGCAUCAUUUUAAAAUGGCCAAUGCCACGUUCUGCCAAUGGUGGCUGAUGUGACAAUGCAGCCGCAAAUCUCUCAUCCAGCGGCACAAGUGGGGGAAGAAAUGAUCUCGCCCUGUAGUUUUUCCCACGUUACACUCAAGUCAUGUAUCCCAUAAUGGGUAAUCAAUAAUUUAAAUCACCCAUUCGCCAGGGUUUAUGACCGAGCGUUACCCGGCAAGCACGUGACCGUGCAGGAAGGUGACAAACCUGGUCAUUUUGAAGAUUUGGUGGACAGCCCUUGUAGUCAAUCCUUCGCAUAAGCUCAAGGUUCGCUACGUAAAUUAUUUAACGUUUUUACCAAUCGCGUGCAACGUUUUCAUUUUUGCUGUUCUCAGGAUGUUAUCAGUCUAAAAUGCAAUAAGACUCACCAGUGUAUUAA